GUGCUGCCCCGGGCCAAUGGCCGCCAGGGAACCGCUGCUGAGCGCCCUUAAAGGUGAGCGUGGGGCCGGGGGCGUCCCAUAGCACGGGGCGUCCCAUUAGGGUCCCCCUUCCCCCUUAGGGUUCCCCCCGCAGCACGACUCGCUGUUUGCAUCGCGCUGCGUCUCGCCGGGAGGAAGUUCUCCUGACUUUCCAGCGGGUUUCCCCCUGCUGGGAGGCCCCAGAGGGACUCCUAUGGGUGCAGCUCUUCCCCUGUACCCCACAAUGCCCCCCAUAGGUGCGGUGCUGCGGCUGCGGGCGGACGGCGCUCCGUGCACCGACGCUUCCCCGCACCUGGCGGCCGUCUGCGCGCUGCUGGAGGGCGCUCUGCGGAAGGGGCUGCGACAGCCGCUGUGGGGCUUCAGGAGAAGGGAUUACUGGCACUGCCUGGAGCAGCUUCCCCUCGGGGAGGGUGGGAGCAGCCUCCGUAGAGCCUCCAUCUGCACGAAGGCACUGACAGCACAGGGCCAUGGCCGCUGCUUCCUGCGCUCAGCCCUGCAGGGCAAAGUGCUGGCGGUGGCCAUGCAGCAGCUGGCGCAGAGCCCACGGCUCCAGGAGUUCUAUGACCCGUCAGGCUCCAUCCUGGCCAAUGAAGAGCUGCGGGAGCCGUUCCUCUCCCUGGUGCUGGUGCUGAUGGAGGUGGAUUUCUCCCUGGACCUGCAGAACUGCAGCUUCUUGGAUGAGAGCUGGCUGCUGCCGGUGUGCGUCAUGUAUGAGACGGUCCCGUGCCGAGCGCUGGGGAUGGUGGUGAGGUACGUGGAUGGCCGUGUCAUUGUCAUUGAGGUGCUUCCUGGGAGCCAGGCAGAGGUGGAUGAGGUGGUGCUGGCUGGGGAUGUCCUGGAUGAGAUCAAUGGGUUCUCCCUAAGGAAUGCCUACAGAGGGCAGGCCGGGGUGAUGCUGCAGAAGCUGAAGGGACAACCGCUGAGCCUCCGCGUGCUGCGGUGGCAGGGGCACAAUGGUGAGGUCUACGAGCCCUUGCUGCCCUACCUGGAGGCUGUGAAGGAGAAAGAGCCCCAUUUCCAGCUCCAGUGUGGCCCCAGGCGCUGUGACAAGGGGGAGAAGCGGAGGGUGCAGGGGGGCAGGCUUCUCUACAACCUGCAGUACCUGGGCCAGAUCGGCGUUGGGAUGUUUGGAGGCAAAGAGGUGCUGCAGAAAGCCAUCCCCGCUGUGCUGGAGAGCCACGUGGCACCACGGGAGGUUUUAUUUGAUGUGAAGGAAACGGAAAUCCUUGUACAAGAGAAGGCAUCUCCCAAGGUCCUGUUUCGCCACUGCUAUCCUGCAGUCUCCUGCGUGGGACGCUGCCUCAAGACCAGCAAUGUCUUUGCAUUCUGCGUUGUUGCUUCCCCAGGGAGCCCCAAAGGGAGCACGUUUGACUGCCUGGUGUUUGCAUCGAGUUCUGAGCAAGAAUGCGAGGAAAUCAUCCAGAGAAUUGCUGCAGGAUUUAAACACACCGAGUGGUUCGUCUGAUAAGGGAGGGCUGUGGCUCAGCUCUCCCCAGGCUCGGGUGACCCAACUGUGCUCCUCAAACUGCAGUGAGAGGUAUUCUUGUACUUGCAGGACACUGCUGUGGAAGUGCUGCAAUGCAUCUGGUCUUAAAACAAUUGCAUGGAUAGGCCGGUGCUGACUUACUGCAUGCUUUUAUGUAUGGACUACUGCUUUUCUUCCCCUUUGUCUGGAUUUUUCAAUGAAAUAAAUCAAGCUGGAGUAGCUUAUGCUACUCCCUGUUCAACUUCUGUCUUAACUGUAGCCUUACACGCAUAGCCUGUUCUUAAGAACUGGUUUACAGUGUAGUCUGCAUGUUAAUUACCUGUUUCAGAUGUAGUCUGAGCAGCUUUCCUGUGCCACAGCUGUAGGUAUGGUUGUUCGCAGAGCCACCACUAAGAAAACCAGAACUGUUAGCAGAUAGCCUGAAGGGUUAUCCACGAGUGAGGGUUUAUGUCUAAUCCUGUUUCAUCAAAAAAAGCUUAGAUGGGAAAUGAGAAUCUAGCCAUUUGCUUAGCAGCCUGUAUGCUCUCUGGUUAUGUAAUUAAGUUUUUCUGCUUGCAUACCAUCCUGCACUGCUCGGGCAUGGUUGUUGUCUUGCCCUGGGCUGAGUCACAGGGUGAGAUCCCACAGGAAGCUGGGAGAGGCAGAGGGCUGCACUCCCACAGCCUGCAUCCGCUCACAGCCCUGAGCUGGACUUUGAACAAGCCAGUCCCACCACUGCAAAAACAAACUUCCCUUAAAUGUGAAAGGAAGAGGGAGGGGAGAAAAAAAAAAGCAGAAGUUAGUUGUGAAGCUGGGCCUGUACUGCUGACACUGAUAAGCAGUUAAGCUUUAAACAAGAGAGCACCACAGAGAGGGAAGAAAGCUGCUUCCUCGCCUGUGCCUGUCAGACUGCUCCUCCUGGCUGAGCAAGAGCUGACUCAGGCCUCCUAAAAACAUCAAGGGGAGCCAGGGUGAGGCAGUGCUUCAGUGGCAGAAAGCUAAGCUGCCCCAGCAGCAGGCCAGUAUUACAAGCAUCUACUGCUAACAUACUGGAGCCGGGAAUCAGCUUCUCCAAGCCCAUAGAAACCAAAUGACAAAGACUCCUCACAUGUGAAUGUAAAACAUUUAAUUUAAAAAUGUUGACACUACAAUAUAUAAAAUAGCUAUUAUAAAUGCACAUAGUGUAUUCUAUAGCUGCCAGGUUUACGUUUUUAGGAAACUGUAAGUUACACUGUGGUUAAGAGUUGUAGUUUCACCCUCUGAAAAAGUCCACAUUUGAUCACAGUGAUGUAUGGUCAGACUAACAGCCCCAAUUGUUAAACACUUGGAUCAAGUCAUAACCAGUUUUAUUGCAAAAGGACCCUGUACACAUUUAUAUCAAUUCUAGUACCUUACAAGUUUAGCUACCCAACAAGUCAUUAACAUACAGAAACAUGCAUGAGAA